AUGAUUGAUAAUGAACAAAACUCUUCCUUGUCAUUUAUUCUACAGGUAAAUCCAAAAAAGGAGAAAUAUUGGACUCAUAUACUUGCUGAUGGAUGCAGGUUAGCGUUGAUCUGGAAAUAUGGAGGCAUUUACCUGGAUACUGACAUUAUAUCACUGAGGUUUAUGCCAUUUCAUAACUUUACCUGUCCACAAAGCCCAGAUCUUUUCAGUAAUGAAGCAAUCAGUUUCCAUUACAAGCACCAUAGCUUUUUGUGGAAUUGCAUGGAAGAUUUUGCGGCCCAUUACAGUGUAGGUAUUUGGGGUCACCAAGGUCCUCAACUGAUUUUACGUGUGGUGAAGAGAUGGUGCAAUACUAGUAAACUAGCCACCUUCAUUGGCAAUCAAUGCAAUGGCAUCUCUAUACGGAUCACAAACCGUUUCUAUCCAGUCCCAUAUCCAGCAUGGGAGAGGUACUAUGCACCCUGGAAUAAAGAGCAUAUAGAACAAGCCUUUUCAGAUACGUAUGGAGCACUUGUCUGUAACUUUAUGAAUAACGACAAGAAAAGAAAAGUUGUUGCUGGAAGUGGAUUAUUAAUGGAACAUCUUUUCCAGUUGCAUUGUCCAACUACAUACAAAAAUUUAAUUCAAUCCAGCAAUAGUACAGCAUGA